CAUUGUAGGUACUGAAAGUUGCGCAAAAAGGGGUGUGCGGAGAGCUUACAGAGCCGAAGGAUCCUAGGGACAAUUUUGCAGCUGCUGUACGAUCCACUGGUUGUCUCCUUCGGAUCGCCCGAGAGUUAGUUUCUCUAGUCGUUUUGUUUUAUUUUAUUUCAUCUCCUUUGGUAUUUUUGCUCCCUUUCUGGCGUCUCCUCCCAUCCGACAGCAAUGAGGCAGGCUGUCCUGUUUAGCGCUGCUUUCCUGCUCUGCAUCUCCCUGGUGGUCUCCCGCUGCCCCGCCACGUGCCGAUGCUCCCCUGGCGGCUCCCCUCGCUGUCCCCCCGGAAUCAGCCUGGUGCUGGACGACUGCGGCUGCUGCCAAGUGUGCGCCCGGCAGCUCAACGAGGACUGCGACCAGCUCUCGCCUUGCGACCCCCACAAGGGCCUGGAGUGCAAUUUUGGGGCCGACCCCUCGGCGAAUCGGGGCAUCUGUUGGGCAAAGCAAGAAGGCCGGACCUGCGAAUACAAUGGCCGCAUCUACCAGAACGGGGAGAAUUUCCAGCCCAGCUGCAAACACCAGUGCACUUGCAUCGACGGGGCUGUCGGUUGCCAGCCGCUCUGCCCGCUAGAGCUGCCCCUGGCCUCCCUGGGCUGCCCCAGCCCCAAACUCCUGAAGGUGCCUGGCCAGUGCUGCAAGAGGUUUGUGUGCAGCAAAGGACCCAAGAAGUACGGAGGGGUCACCUUUGAGUACAACGCCAAUGGCGACUCCAGUGACAACGAGCUCAUCUAUGUGGGCAAAGGCGGACACUGGAAAAACCUACCAGCAUGGAGGCCAUUCUUCCAAAGCCACGUGGCAAAGCAACAGCACAAGUGCUUGGCUCAGACUACGGACUGGUCACCGUGCUCCAAGAGCUGCGGCUUCGGCAUCUCCACCCGCGUCACCAGCGACAACCCGAAGUGCAAACUGAUCAAAGAGACCCAGCUGUGUCAGAUCAGGCCUUGCGGGAAACCUGAUUUUUCCAAACUAAAGAAGGGCAAGAAGUGCUUGCGGACACACAAAGUGCGUGAGCCUGUGAGGUUCAGCUAUGCUGGCUGCAAGAGCCCACGCCGUUACCAGCCCAGCUACUGCGGGUCCUGCUUGGAUGGCCGCUGCUGUGUCCCUCUGCGCACUCGCACCCUGAGCGUGCCCUUCCAUUGCCCGGAUGGCAGCUCCUUCUCCAAGAACGUCAUGAUGAUCCACACUUGCCAAUGCGGCCCGGCUCAUUGCCCGCUCCUCAGCGAACCUGCCAUGGGGCCCCGGUACCAGCUCAAUGGGGAUAUUCACAAAUUCCUGGAGUGAUGGAGCCCGCUACCCUCGGGAACCGAGUCAACCUAUCUCCAGUGACUCUGGAUCACCCCUAUGGACUCGAGGCCCCUCUGCCUGAUGUCGGGAGAAAACAGGACAUCCUAAGCUUGCCCUGCUUCCAUGAAUGCAAAUGCAACUAAAAUUAGGAAAGGCAACAUGGAUUUUGGAGGUGCACUGGUUCCUCAGUAUAUGGGUUGAUUACAUUGUGCUGUGCCUGGGAGUCUGAAGAUCCAGUGAUUUGAGGAAUGGAUCUCAUGUUGCUGGGUUCAAUCUCUCCAUUCAGCCCAGCCAGGCUCAGGCUGGAACUGGGCCUUGGGCAACAAAAUGGGAGAGUCAAACAAAGAGAUCUCCCCAUCACAGCCACCUUUAGGGCUCCACAGUCCAUGCUUUUGGUCACAGUGCUGGAAGGAAGGAGGAAGCACAGCCCUUGCGCACUAGGGAUAGCUGUAAAUUCUCUGGUUUGAGUUGCCAGAUCCCAAGAUGGACAGCUCUGAUAUCCUUAAGGUCCUUUGACUGGAAAGAGCAGAGGAGAACACAAGGCAGAUAACCCACAGGUGGACUGGAUUGGAGUGAGGGGGAGUCAGAUCUGCCCUGGAUGCCUCCCUAAGAUCCUAUGGGCCUUUUUAGAUUGAAAUCUGGCAAUGCAACCUCAAGACAGCCCCACAAAUACUGAAUUAGGAAGAGUUUCGGUACAGAGUUCAAAUUAAUGGUCAGUAGAGGAAGGCAUGGUGGAGUGGCGGUGCUCACUUGACCUCCAGGCAACUGAGUUGCUGCUAUGGUUGGAGGGACAAGGCAGUGGGGAGGUCACCAUGGUGCAAACGCAGUGGCAGAGACAGACCGGCACUCCUGGUGUGUUUGCACUGUGCUGACCUCCUCGCUGCCUCGUCCCUCCCCUUCCAGGUAAGCAGAAGCAACUCAGCUACCCAGCGGUCAGGUGAUUGUUGCCACUCUAUCAUGCCGUCUGCUGCUGAUAAUGUUGUUGCUUUUUUAACCCUGUGAAUUAUUGAGAAAAUGGCCAAACAAGGGUUGAUAGGGACCUGUUCCCCCUUCACUGCCUGCUGUUUGCACCUGUGCUUCUAAUUCCUUCCUUGUCUGCCACAGUUGGAAACCUUUGCUUCCCAGUCUGUCCUCCUUUGAACCGAAGGGCUGCCUUGCCUCCUGCUCAUAGCACACCCUGGUGGUGAGAUGGUUUCCUGGAGAGAGAAACCUGUUGGCAAUGACAAUGCAGAAAGGGAAGGGCAUAUCUGUGCACAUUUGGCUUCUUUCUCCAGUUUGUGCUGUUUCACAGCUCAUCCUUCUGCAUGUUGCCAAACCGUUAUUCAAACUUGGAUUGGGGGGAAUAUUUUUUUUAUUAAAAAAUAGGGGAGA